AUGACCGGACGUAAGCAGGAAGCGCCACCGGCCCCAAUGGCCACGCAGAUGAGUUCUCGAGCAGAGUUGCUUGGAAAGUUCAACGAGGAAUGCUUCCGGUUCAAAAUGGGUCUGCGGAUCCAGAUUGCUCGGCUGGAUUGUUUUGAAGGGAUUGAAGCCGCCACCGGCGAUCAUCUCAUUCAGCUUGCCGAGCAGGCCCGCCUUGUCAGCGGGCUUUCUUUGCAAAUCGCAGAUGCCUUUUCGGGGCACUCGGUUAUCCAGGGCAAACUCAUUUACCACUACAGUCACCUGGUGCCUACGCAGACUAGGUCGCUCGUGGAGAUUUUACAGGAGCUUGGUGCGAUUCUCAGAGAGGAUAAGUCCCGUGGUGCGCGUCGUGUCUCGAAGCAUCUGAAGAGUUACCUGGAGAAGGCGCUCUAUUAG